AUGGACUAUGACAAGUUAAAAAUGGCCUUGCUGAAACGCUAUGAACUUACCAAGGAAGAGUUUCUCUGGAAGUUGAGAGAAAUCAAACUUGACAAUGGAGAAACUGAAAAUCUGUUUUACUUCAUCUUGCGAGAAUCUGUUAUUCAGAAAAUGUUUGAGCAAAGACAGAAAAUGGAGAAAGAAAGACAUUAUCAGAAUGAAAGAAUCUGGCAAGAAAAGUUAAAACAAGGUAUAGCUCGGGAAAAGCAUCAGAAUAAAUAUAAGGAACCUUCUAACGAUUUAAAAGAAUCGUCUGAUUAUAUGCACAAAUCUCAAAAGCCUAUGACGUCUAAUAACGGUAGCCCAAGUAAUAUUACCAAGGUGAUUGAUAAACCUCCAGAUGCUCCAGUCUAUCAGUCUGUGCCAGAUGCAAGCUUCAAAGAAGACAUUGACUUUUUAAAUUUCUUGAAGAAGAAAAGAGAACAAACAGGAAAACAUGAAGAGGAUGAGGAAGAAGAGAAAACCAAAGAAAAAUUACCUCCGAGACCAAAGCCACUGACAAAGAAGGAACAAGAGGCUCAGAGUUAUCGAAGAUCUAAAGAAGCCGAGAAGCUCCACGAAGAAAUCAUGCAACAACAGCAGCGGCAACUAUUGAGAGAAGAGAAGCGUUUGCAGAAAGAAGCUGAAAGACGCCAUAAACUGAAUGAAGAGAAAUUGCAUCACUUACAAGAACAAGCUAGCUUGACAGUUGGAAAAUCAAAGAAUAGAAACACUAGUACUGUAAAGUCCUCCAAGUUGGAUGAGGUGAGAAAUGGACAAAAUAAUAAAUAAAUUAUAAACAGAUGUAAUAGUUGAAAAUGAUGUAGCAUAUAGUUCAGUGUAAUUCAGGUUUACAAGUGGUGUAAUAUAGACAUGUCAGUGUAAUUAAGCUGGUGACAUCAACAUGUCAGUGUAAUUAAAGCUGGUGACAU